UGCAAGUGAUAUUUUUUAAAAUUGUGAUAAUGAUGGUCUUUUGCGUACGCGUGUGCCUGCUGCAAAACACGACGGCGACUGUAAAAUUCUUAAUUUUGAUUGAAGAUAUGCGAGAUGAAGUCCCAGGGUGGAUCGCAAGUUCUCUUAAACAGGCUGAAGAAUCUCUGAACGGGCGAUUACGUAUUAACGACGAAACCGUAAUUGUAAUGAGAGAUGGGGAAAAAGAAAGCAUGGCUAUGCUAUGCGCAGCAAUGGCGAAAGGAAUCAGUUUAACAUUAGAUUUAACCUGGACGGGAUGGCACCAAGCUCACGUGAUGUCCGACCAGGCUGGUGUACCAUAUUACAGGGCUGAUAUAUCAUUACAGCCCUUUGUAAGAGUUCUUGACGAUUAUCUAAUGGAAAGAUCAGGGAGUGACGCUGCUCUAAUAUUUCAAGAUGAAAGCGAAUUAAAUCAAGGAUUGUAUUAUUUGGUGUCGACAUCUGUUCUACGAGUUAUAGUUCUAGACAAUUUAGACAAAGAUUCAAUUAGAAGUUUAUUGAAUAUAAGGCCAACCCCAUCGUAUUAUGCGAUAUUUGCUACUACGCCUAAUAUGAUUAAAUUAUUUAAAACGAUCCAGCGCGCCUUUCUCGGUCUUCUGUUUUCGGUACUAGCCCGAAGUAUUUCAAUGCUUCCAAAUGGUGGAAGUGAACUUACAACCGUAAUAACGUGCGACAAUGUAGAAACAGGAGAUGAUUUUAAAAAUAGCACCAGAUAUGAAUUACUAGGAAAAGUAACAAGUGAAGUAAAUGACGACAUUGGCCUUGUCAUGUACGGAGACCAAUUUACUAUUACUUAUGAAAUGAUGUGGGAUGUCAGUGUUGUCAACGAGACAGACGAUCUUGAUCCAAUUGCCAAUUGGACGCUGACUUAUAAUUUGAAUAUGCUGCCGGAUAAACAGCUUAUUUCGACUAAGAGAUUUUUUCGAAUAGGAACAGCCCAGGCUAUCCCGUGGGCCUACAGAGUGACCAAUCCAGAGACUGGUGCAAUAGUGAAAAAUCCUGAUGGCACCGAUAAAUGGGAAGGAUAUUGCAUCGAUCUUAUUGAAAAACUAUCGGUUGACAUGAAUUUGGAUUAUGAAUUAGUUCAUAAUGCGGUGGUUGUUCAUCCUGGCGACAGCCAUAUUACUUCAGGUAAAACAUUAUUAGUGAUACAAUAUUUGAACAUAGCAUAUAUUAUAGUAUUUUAG